CGCGAGCAGGAUAAAGCGGGAAUGGAUCUCACGCACAAACCUUCGUUCACAUUGAUGUCGGUGGAAUAUUAAAAUAAAAUCUGAAAAAUGACGCAAUCUGCUCUAGGAGUCCACCUGCAGAUUCUGCUGGCAGUGGGUCUGGGAGUGUUCUGCUUCUGCCUGGUGCUGGGCUGUCUACUGUGUUGGCGGAGAGGGAAGUAUCAUCCACCAGAGGACAAAGAGGCUGCACUGUCCCCUUCCUCAGCCACGUGUGAACGGGUCACCGUGACCCUGACCCCCUCCUCUGGCACCUUACCCAUCAAGCAGCAAUAUGAGGAGCUAGACGGGGAUGUCCUGGACCUCCCCUCCCACAAUAGCAGCUCCUGCCCCUCUGAGAAUGACCUCACCACCCUGCCCUUUGAACCUCGCCCCCGGUCGUCCUCCUCUGAGCUGAGGUCCUCCCCCAGGUCCUGCUUCCCCAUGCGUCGCCUCAGCACCCCGAGUGUGUCCUCCUCCUCCCACUACAAGCCUUCAGGCCAUGGCCGCGCCUCCCUGCCCUCCAUCCCCAAACUGGGCCUAGUCUCCAAGACCCGUCGGGCACUGGAACGCCGCUACUCCGUGAACGGUGACAACUUCCUGUACAGCGAACAGAGCCGCCUGACCAGCCCUCGCAGUGCCAUGCACCCUCCUGGCCCUCAGAGGGAGCUGUCCCAGCCACAGUAUGGCUCCAGCUCCAGCUCCCUAUCCAUCCCCACUAAGCCUGCUCCUCUCCUACACUUCUCCCUACUCUUUUCCCCGGCACGGGGCACUCUGACCACCAACAUCAUGGGCCUGUCCGGGGCGGCACGGCGGCGCAGUGGGGUGUUCGUACGAGCCAGCCUGCCCCCGCUCUGCCCCUCACCCCAGCAGGGGGCAUCUCGGCGGCCCAGCCUCAGCCCAGAUAUACAGUGCCAGAGCCUUGUGCUACAGGUGGGCUCUGUGGAAGAGCUCCGCGCCUGCACCCUCCGGCUGGCUGUGAUCAGCAGGGACUUUUCAGGCCUGAGAGAGACAGCGUUGGGAGAGCUGGAGAUGCCUUGUGGGGAGAUGGACUGGGAGCCCGACACAACUGUCACCUACACCAGGGAGCUCACCCCCACCAGGAGUAGGCUGAAAAGGAGUAUGAGUUCCCAGGAGACGUUGGGUCGUAGGAAGAGUUCGCUCGGUGCUGCUCCACGGGCCCUGGGUCAGCUCUUCAUUCUGCUGCAGUACCAGACACUGGCCCACCGCAUCAAGGUGAUGGUCCGCAAGGCUGAGAACCUGGCCAAACUCUCCCGGAUGCCAGGAGCAGCAGAUCACUACGUAGUCAUCAACCUCCGUCAGGAUGGGAAGGUGAUCAGUACGAAGGAGACCAAAGGGGCGGGGGGACACAACGCUGUGUGGAACGCUCCCUUUCUCUUUGACCUGCCUGUUGGUGACAUCACUCAGCUGCCUCUUGCUCUGGAGUUCAUCAUCAUGCAGGGGCGGCUCUACACGAAGAGCAGCAUGCUGGGCCGUGUGUUGAUUGGCUGCGAGGCCCCAGAGGCAGGACAGGGACACUGGAGGGACAUGUGCAGUCAGAGACAGGUGGAGACAGCGUACUGGCACCCCAUCGCACCAGAAGUCGUUUAGGACUUUAUAGCUGACCUUAUGGAGGUGUCAGGAGGGUCAGGACGUUGCUGGAGAGAGGACAGGUGAUAGAGGGCCUGCCAGACUAAUGGGACACGCACAAAGGACGGACAGCAAAUGAACUAUCGGUGAUGGUACCUGAAAACAUAUUGUGAUGGCAUUGCAUUUAGACCUGUAGUACCUGAUACUUACUGUUCCACACUGCCCUAACAGUGAGAUACAGGCCACAGGAUGGACUGCCACUACGGCUGUAUGAUACCAGUUGCAUGGAUUUGUGUUAUAUGUUGGUGCUGUUUGUAUCAUAGAGAAAAAUCGGUCAGUCCCACACAUCUUUAAAGCUGGAAUCCUUCAUUGAAACUACAGCAAAGUGGCUGCCCCACCUGUGUUUUGGUAAAAAGCUGGGGGAUGAGCUUGCAAAGCGGCUGCCCCACCUGUGUUUUGGUAAAAAAGCUGGGGGAUGAGCUUGGAGAAAGAUAAUCACUCUCAAAUUCAUAGUCAGGACUGAACAUCCAUGAUAUCAAAAUUAUAGUUUUAACCAUGUUUUUCAGGCUAUACAGUGUUUGUUUGCAUUUACAUCGUUGACAAACAUUGGAGUUAAACAAGCUUGUAUUUUGGGUUCUGAUGGAGUAGGACUGUUUAAAUAAGCUCACGAGGCAUUUACAAGUUAUAUUUUUCAAGAGUCAAUGGGUAUACUGUAUCAUUAAUUCCAAAGUCCAAAGAUGGGUGUAACAACUAAGGAUUCCAGCUUUAAUGACCAUUGUCUGAAUUCUUAAGUCAUGGCCAAAACACUUCUUGAGUCAUGGCCAAAACACUUCUUGAGUCAUGGCCAAAACACUUCUUGAGUCAUGGCCAAAACACUUCUUGAGUCAUGGCCAAAACACUUCUAAUCGUGGUUUAUUGUGACGUUCUGUGUCAGUAUUUGUCCUCAGCAUUGAUCUCUGCUUGCUUUGUGUUUUGCUCUUGUGGUACUUGUGUUCUGUGCUACUUGCAUGAUUGGGACCUUUGCCAGACAUUAGCGUGAUUGAAAAAGUGAUGAUCAUGCGCCAUACUCAUGAAGACAGGAGUCUGAAAAGCCAUUUGCGUACAUCAAUCAGCCAACAAUUGAUGACUGUAACUGUGUUGGCAUUCCUUUUGGGACUUUCAUUUCUUUUAAUCAGCAUUGAUAAAUGGAAUGCCUGUCUUGUUUUGCUAAAACUCCAUAUUUAUGCUUUUUAACAGAGAAAGCUCUCACAGUUGACAUGUGUCUCUGAAUGAUAUUGAUGUGAUGAAGAUACCAUAUGUUCUGUCAUAUUUAUAGAUAGUAUAUGUUCCAUGCACUAGAAUAUUACAUGCACCUAGCAUUAUUACAAACAAAAUACCACAGUUGACUACUGGAGUAAAAUGCCUGAUAUGGAAAGACUUGUAGAACUCAAUCUUCAGUCAUUCCUUAUGUAGUGCUGAUGGCAUGUCUUUUGAUGGUUAUAAAUAUCCAUAUGUA